GCGGCGGGCUCUGACUCGGGCAGCGGCAGCCGCCAACCCCUCCUCGGCUCCGGGCAGCGUCGCCGGCGAGAGAUGACUUCGAGGCACCAGGCGGACUGGAUCCCCUACAGUGUUCUGGAUGAUGAGGGGAGCAACCUGCGUCAGCAGAAGCUUGACAGACAGCGAGCAUUGCUAGAGCAGAAGCAGAAAAAAAAGCGCCAGGAGCCGUUAAUGGUUCAGUCCAAUGUGGACAGUCGCACAAGAGCGCGUAGAACGAAACAUUCGGAGGAACAAGCACCAUUGGUUGAAUCGUAUCUUAACAGCAACAGCAGCACCAUAUACCAUGUACAGGAGGCCGAACAGGAAGAUGUAAAGGUGGCAGUGGAUGCCCAAGCUCCGAAAUCAACUAAAAAAGCCAAGGCAGCAUCUGCAAGCUGUCAGACUGGCAGUGCCAGAAAGGAGAAAAAAGGGAAACACAAAGGAAUUGAUGGCCCAGCUGCUUUUCAAGAUGAUGUUCAGAAAGCAGGAAGUCAAGUGCAGAUUCUCACUGUUGGGCAGUCUAGCCAUGAUGAAGAUGAUGGAGAGAAAAUGGCUACUGGCCAACAACAGCAAAGCAAGCAGGACCUUAAAACAGCAAUGCAGAAAAAGGAUCCCCAUGCAAACACAUCCUGGUCCUCUUCCACCUCCCAGUCCAGUCUGGUCGCCUUGGAUCAUGCUCCUGGCAUUUCAAGCAGCAUGAAUUUCGAUGAGGAAGAGGAUGAGGAAGAUGCAGACAGCUCUAGCUCUUCCCAGCUAAACAGUAACACCCGGCCUGGUUCUGCCACAAGCAAGAAAUCCAGUAAGGAAGUGGCCUCAGCCCCUAGUCCUUCCACAAAUGAGCCUCUCAUAGAUGUUGAUGACCUGGAGGAAUUUGCUGUAAGACCUGCUCCACAGGGUGCCACCGUCAAAUGCAGAAUCACAAGAGACAAGAAAGGAAUGGAUCGAGGGAUGUACCCUACCUAUUACCUCCACUUGGAAAGGGAGCAUGGUAAAAAGGUGUUUCUGUUAGCUGGAAGGAAACGAAAGAAGAGUAAAACCUCUAAUUACCUCAUCUCCAUAGACCCAACUGACCUGUCUCGAGGUGGAGAGAGUUUUAUUGGAAAACUGAGAUCAAAUCUUAUGGGAACUAAGUUUACAGUUUAUGACAAUGGAGUAAAUCCAAUGAAAACAACAUCAAGCCUGGAGGCGAGUGUCCUGCGUCAGGAGCUAGCUGCUAUUUGUUAUGAAACAAAUGUCCUGGGCUUCAAAGGACCUCGUAAGAUGAGUGUGAUCAUACCAGGAAUGAAUAUGGACCAUGAAAGAGUUUCCAUCAGACCAAGAAAUGAACACGAGACGCUGCUUGCAAGAUGGCAGAACAAAAACACAGAGAGCGUCAUUGAGCUGCACAACAAAACUCCCGUCUGGAACGAUGACACCCAGUCCUAUGUUUUAAAUUUCCAUGGUCGAGUCACACAGGCCUCAGUGAAAAACUUCCAAAUUAUUCAUGAUAAUGAUCCUGAGUAUAUAGUGAUGCAGUUUGGCCGCGUGGCUGAGGACGUGUUCACCAUGGACUACAACUACCCAAUGUGUGCUCUACAAGCCUUUGCUAUUGCCCUUUCAAGUUUUGACAGCAAGCUGGCUUGACAAGCGCCCACUUUAGCAUUCAUGCAAGCAGCCACCAUGUACAGAAACGUGCACACAGCAUAUUUGUUAUGGAUGGGUUUAUCACUAAGCAGUGCCACCGUUACAUGCUUACUGUCAUUCCGCCAUGUAACUGUGCAUGUUCUCCCUGUGUGCUCUUUCCCACCCUGUGUGUUGUCGCCAGUCAGAGGACACUGCUGCAAAGCUGUGCAUGGAAGCUUAGAAAAGAACCUGCAGAACUGAAGCCGCUGAGAUACAGCUCUCCUAAUCCUGAAGAAAUAGCGCCUUCCGAAGGCACAGAUUGGGACCUGUGGUUUGUAGAACUUUCCAGGCGUUUGUGUUGCACGUCAGAAGAUAACACUUCAUUAUAGCUCUUGCACUAUAUUCAGCCCAAAGCCCAAAGGAACGUUAAGUCAGAGGAGUGCAGAAGCAGGGAACAAAGCUGAAGAGAAAACAAGCUGCCUUUACAGGUCUGGAGACGCAGCAGCACCCAAGCAAGGCAGUGGUUCCGUGCUGGGGAAUGACAGCAGAGUGAUUUCUGGGCAGAGAAUUAACAUCCUGCUUGGCAUCCCUCCGAGUGAGUAAUGCAUUUCAGUUCUUGUUUGUAGACUGUGGUGGUCAUUGGUUUUGUUGCAUUAUGUUUGUCCGUAGCGACUGUUUUUCUCCUGUGGAGCUUUAUUUAUUUCAUCAUGAUGACAUUUUCACCCAUUUAUUUCACAUUAGGGAUUAAUCCAAAGCCGUGUAACUGGAAGUUUCUAUCUAGCUUCUGUUGUCCCUCCAUCGUGCCAUAGGUGCACAUCUCCUCAAGAGUCCUUAUGUUUUCCUCUUGAUAGGCUUCUCAGAAACCAGGCAUUAUUGGCAUACAGACUUCUGCACAGGGGCUUAGCAGGAAGCAAGGACUUUGCCUGUACCUCGUUCAUACUAAAAGGGGUAUCUAAAAUGUCAGCCAGGGAAGAAGUUGACCAUUCCUAUUAAACAUGCCAUAAAAUUAUUUGAUGUUAUUACUGCGAUUCAUUGAGGCAUUUAGAAAAACAAAACAUUGUUAAUAGCUGUCCAUGUUUGAAGGAAUAGUGUAACUGAUAUAACUGAAUAACUGACCCUGCACAAGAAUUCCAAAUCGCAUACAGUUUUGCUAGGAAAUAAGGUCUGUAAGAAGCAAACCUUAUUCAGUGGGGUACUAGAAAAUACGUAUUGAGAAAGAUAAAUACUGGAGCUUUGUUAAUCUUCUUAGAUUCUAUAAAGUGUACAAUUCUCUACUUGUGAUUGAAACUAUUUCAAAUUAAAAAAGCUUGACCUCAGUGACGUGAAACUAAGGUCACCUUGAUGAGAUGUGUAGUAUCAAGAAGGCACAGAGACCUGCCCUGCAAGGCAGGAUUCUCAUGAUCAGGAGUAGGUUUAAUUUAUGAUUUACUCUACAUUUUCAAAGGUACAUCGUGCUAGUCUGUGUGUUCUACACACACACAUUACAUAGCCUUAAAAUUCUAUUAGUCUUAGCUGCGGAUUAAUUGACCUUCCUUUCCCCUGUCUGCACUGACAGAAUGGAAUAAUUUACCAAUUUGUUUUCAAGAAAAUUAUCACAAGAUACCCUUAAAAGACUGUCAUUUGAUUCCUCUUCUAAAACCAUUCUGAACAAGUGAAAUCUUUACGUGGACCAGCUGAAAAAAGAAACUCUCUUAAAUGGUCUUCAUACACAUGUCUGUGUUUAAGGUGGUCAACUGUGUGCGUUUCCUUUUGGCAGUCAGUCCAUCUGUACCAACAUCAUUACAAGACCAGGGCUCCUGUGUCUCCUUUUUGAACAGUUUCUUACACUUUUUAGGGCAACAAGGGAAGAAGUACAAAAGUACCAGUGGGGGACAUUUUGCAAUUGAUACACGUGGAUGCAUUCAAGGCCAGGCUGGAUGUGGCUCUGGGCAGCCUGGUCUGGUGGUUGGCAGCCCUGCACAAAACAGGGGGGUUGAAACUCGGUGAUCUUUGAGGUCCUUUUCAGCCCAGGCCCUUCUGUGAUUCACCUUCAGCAGUAUCUCAGAAAGCCCAUACUUCUGACAUGGUACAUUUCUGAAAGUUCCUGGCAGCCACUGAGCUUCCCAACACUGUUCUCAUCCAGCAAGAGAUGGGCUGAAAGAUGCACUGUUUGCGAGGAGCUGCAGAAAUGAAUGCUUUAGCAUUUGUUGGGACUGUAUCUGCCUGUGAAGAGGAACACAGCUUUGUUUCUGACCUGUUUACGUAAACUUCUCCAAGUAGAAAAUGUAACUUCUACAGGGAUGUUUCUGUACCCAUACACUGAGAAAGCAGUUGUGUGAUUUCUUUUUUUAUUGCGACCGUAGACAUUUUCUAAUGCAUCUCUUUGCCUUUCUUAAAUAAACCAAUGAUAUACAAGAAAAUGGGAGUCCAUUAUAGUCUAGAUUUCCUUCAGUUUGAUGGAAUUUUAAAAAUGGAAAAUAUCAAAAUGGACAAAAACUGUCUUAUAAUCCUGAGAACCAGCCAUGUUCUCUUCAUAAAGCCUCCACUUUGUCACAGUUGUUUGCACAAGAUGUCUUGUCCUGUUCUGAAUAGCUAAGCAUCUCCCUUUGGUUGAGACCUAUGUGAAGUUUCAGGUAAAACUGCAGGAAUGUGCUUUUUUAAAGUAAAUUUUUUUUAAAGAAACUCUUUGGAAUUCUGGAGUAAUGUGUUUAUUUACUGCAUGUAUAUCUUUAUAUACGACUGAUUUCUUUUUUUCUUUUUUACAUCAUUUACAUUAUUUAUGUCACAGAGGUGUCGCUGUUUGUUAAUACAGAACACUGUAUAGAAAUAUUAAACUUCAUUUGUUGGAAACAA